AUGGCAGACCAGAGGCCAUUCCGCUUUCGGCUCCCUUGGUUGUCAGCACCCGUCGCUCCUGCUCCACGUCCUACAACUGAACCCCAACCUCCUCGUCCUACAGUUCAAAUUCAAGCCCCAGCCCGGCCAACCACCACAAUCCCCAUUCAGCGGCCACCUUUUCGACCAGCAGGGAUAGCCCCAGCACCAACUCCUACCACUCAGAUUACGGCACAAGUACGAACUGAACCUCAGCCACCACCUCGCGCGGCUGCUGAAUCCCAAGCCACUUCUCAACUAUCAUCACCAUCUCGUGCAACAAUCCCAACACGGGCUGGUUCAGAGCCACCAUCACCAUCUCGUGCAACUCCACAAUCAAGAGCUGCAUCGGUGCCCCCAUCACCCUCUCGUGCAACAACCCAAACCCAAACUGCCUCCCAAACCCAGUCACCAUCUCGUGCAACUCCUCAAUCAAGAGCUGCAUCUGUGCCACCUUCUCCUUCUCGCACCACUUCCCAGCCCCGGACAGCAGCACUGGCAGUCCAACAACCUGAAUCUCCAUCUCGUUUGGCCUCUCGAGUUCCAGGUAAAACAUCCUCACAGCCCUCUUCUCCUUCUAAGAUAGCUACCCAAGUGCAGCCAACAGUUUCUCGGUCCCCAUCAAAGAAAUUGCAGCUAGCAACACAAGAGACCUCUCAGCCUCCACCCACAUCUACUCAAUCCGCCACUCAACAACAAGAAACAAAUCCAGCAAUAUCUUUUCCCUUGUCACAAGUGCCUCAAGCAAAGACAGAAAUCAGAGCAGAGAAUGUCUCUCGACGACAACAACAAGCAGAGCCUGUACAAGCAUCAGGUGCUGUGAGAGCAGCAACAGCAACACCAACUUCUGUGGCAGCACUUGAGAUACCUGCAGCAUCACAAAAAUCAGAUUCUAACACCAUUGGUCCUGAUCAUCCUAUUACUCUUUCAGAACAGCUGAAAAACGUAAAGGAAGACAUUUUUGAAAGGAAAAAGACUACUGUUAGCUCAAAUGGGGAAACUGCGAAAUCUGCAAGAGCCCGGUAUGUAUUGGGCGAAUCUCAUCAAAAACCAUCCAUGGCCAAUGGAGAAAAAGUUCCCCUGCACAAAGAAAUCAGGGAAGACAUUUCCAAGUUUGUUCACAAGCUGGGAAUGGAGCACAUAAAGCAUCCCAUAGGUGAAACGCCUGUCAGCAUUGUAACUCUAGCAGGUGAAAACAGAGGAGCUUCAAUGUACGAGGGCUCUGAACCAACAAGAAAGGAUGGAUCAGUCCACAUCCAUCAUGGUUAUAAGAUCAAUCCAGAUGAGAGCAGCGAAAAUCCUACUGAUGGAGAAGGAAGCUCGAAGGGUGGAAAGUUCAAAGAUCUGCUGACAAAAGAAGAUCCAGCAAUGAAGGCAUAUAUCAACAGUAAUACACAAAGUGUCAAUAACUCGAUUUUGUUUGAAAGUUCACUAAACGAAAGAAGUCCUGGUGUACAGCUGCAUCUCUCUCAUAACGAUGAAGAACCCAGUGAGUACAGUGCUAAACCAGGUCCUCUCGAGACACACAAGGCUGAAUUCAAAGUCACCCCUGCUGAGAUGCUUACUCAUAACCGACAGUAAAAUGACGAUGCCUAUGAGGGCUCUUAUUGGAAUCAAGUGAUUCAGACCCUGAUAAUCCAGAAAAGCCUUGAAGACAUGGUUGUCGCUACAAUCGUGCGCAGGAGAGCAAAGAUAAGGAUAUAGGGGUUCUCUAACCAGGUAAAUGAUGGCCUGGUACUAUAAUCUACCACCAAAAACAUACAGUUUGUGCACAUGACAAUAAAAAUAUUUUACAGAAGUAAUAAUAAGGAUGCAAUAUCAUCUAUAAAGUCACGUUUAUGUAUAAUUCUUUUGCAUCAUAUGAUAAUGAAAUGUUUUGUUCACUGUA